GUGAGGCGGGCGUUCGGGAGGAAAUAGCGUUCUCAAACAGGAAAUGUGGCAGUUUACCUACGGAAUCGCAGACGGUGUCAUGGCGGCCUACGAGCAGGUUCAAAAGGGGCCCCUGAAACUGAAAGGCGUCGCAGAGCUCGGCGUCACCAAGCGGAAAAAGAAAAAGAAGGACAAAGACAAAGCGAAACUCCUGGAAGCAAUGGGAACGAGCAAAAAGAACGAGGAGGAGAAGCGGCGUGGCCUGGACAAGCGAACCCCGGCCCAGGCAGCCUUCGAGAAGAUGCAAGAGAAGCGGCAAAUGGAAAGGAUCCUGAAGAAAGCAUCCAAAACCCACAAGCAGAGAGUGGAGGAUUUCAACAGACACCUGGACACCCUCACGGAGCACUAUGACAUUCCCAAAGUCAGCUGGACCAAGUAGCCUCCCCACCCAGGAUGCCUCCUCAGCCCCCUGGUGUGUAAGACCACACAGCCUGGAAAUAGAACCAUUGCCAAAGGCAAGGAUGAAAUGUAUGCUUUGUCCCCGUCUGAGCUCCUGGCGGACUUACAGCCUCUGCCCCUAGUGCCCCCAUUCCAGACGAGUUUAGAGGGUGUGGCCCUGGCAGACAUCACUAAUCAAACACAGCAUUCUUUGUAAUGGAACCCGGACACUGCCUGCCUCACUGCCCUCAACCCUAGGCUCUAAGCAGCCCCUGUGUUUAUUCAGAGUGGCAUAUAACUUAUAGCCUGCUUGGCAUUUCUGGCCUAAGGACAUCUCAGGGGUGGCAGGACCUGGGCAGAGCCCUGGCACAGACAGUACAAUACAGUCAAAGGGGAGGACCCAGGUCCUGGUGCUGGAGAGCCGUGAUCUCUUUUGAGGACCUACGUGUUCCUACCUGAUGAAGAUCAAACUGCAUAUACUAUUGGGAGGAAGUCUCUGUUGACAUAGGUAGUGACAGGAUAACAAAAUCGUGUUGGGUUUGGGGCUGUCACAUGGUGAAGAGAAUAAAGCAAAAAAUAGUUAUUAAAUAGAA